GCCCACAACAUUACACGCCCAGUUUCUAAAUUACCCUCGGGAAAAUAUAACAUUUAAAAAAAAAUGGCUGGCAUUGCAACAAGAAUUUCAUGGAAUCACCGGAAUGUAACAUACGGUUGCCAGGAAUUCAAGGUCCCUGAGCAAACAGAUUCGAGUCUAUCAGAUAUGGAAUUCGGGUUCCUUGAAGAUGGUGACCACCCCGUAAGCUACAACAGUGAUGAGCUUCCAGGUAAUGAAAUGGUGGAUGAAGGAGGGGACUUGGGUGAUAAUGAGGAGAAAGAGAAUGAUGAAAGCAGUGUCGAAAACAACAAGAGUUUUUGGGAGAGCCAGCACCAGGUUCUGCAAGCGACCUUGUGUAGGAGUAGCUCUUUAGAAUCAAGAAUUAGGAAUGCCACCAAGGAAGCCUUGAAAGAUAUUCAGAAAGCGGGAACUGUUUGUCCUUGUGGGAAAUCUAUGGCUGAAAGUUGUAGGACUUGUCUAAUGAGAGAAGUCUCCAGCCGUCUCCAAAAUGCUGGUUUCAACAGCGCCGUUUGCCGGUCUAAAUGGCGAAGCUCUCCGGAUAUCCCCUCAGGAGAGCACACUUUCUUGGAUGUGAUAGAGAAUUCAAGAAAAGGGGAUGUAAGGGUAAUCAUAGAGUUGAAUUUCAGAGCUGAGUUUGAGAUGGCAAGAGCAAGUGAAGAUUACAAUCGUCUAGUUCAACGACUACCAGAAGUGUUCGUCGGCAAAGUAGAGAGAUUAAAUAAUGUUAUCAAAAUCUUAUGUUUGGCUGCCAAGAAAUGCAUGAAGGAGAAGAAAAUGCACAUGGGGCCAUGGAGAAAACACAGAUACAUGCAAGCUAAGUGGCUAAAAUCUUGUGAACGGAACACAUUAACACAAUCCUUGUCGGUAGGAUAUUCAGGCCGAUUGCCAAAGCCAAGGGCCUCCAUGUUAACUGUAGAUUUGCUGGAAACGUUAUCCAAUAAGCAUUGUACAGCAGUUGAGGUUGUAUGAAUAGUUUGGGAGCUAGUAAUUAGCGAAAGAUUUUGUCCUCUGCCUCUUUUGUUUUUUGUACUUACAUGUGAACUUGGGGGCCGUGUGAGUGUUAUACGAAUACUUUAGUUGGAUUGGAUAAAUAAUUACAGUGUGGUUUUAUUCUCAA